CCCCCCUGUGUUGGAUUUGUCUUUGUCGCUCCCUCUGUUCUAUUUGGUAUAUAUUGUCAAAAAGCCAAACCCAAAGAUAGAACUAAUUCAAGUAGGAUUUACGGAGUCCUUUGUGCACAUAUAUAUAUAAACACAGAGAUAGGGAAAGAGAAAGAGAAAGAUAGAAGAAUCUCAAAGGUAAAGAAAACAUGCCUGGAAGCUUAGAGCCUUUGGAUUUAGGUGUUCAGAUCCCAUAUCAUUUCAGGUGUCCGAUUUCUCUUGAGCUUAUGAGAGACCCGGUUAUCGUCGUAACGGGUCAGACAUACGACCGGCCAAGUAUCGAGUCAUGGGUGGCCACCGGAAACACCACCUGCCCUGUCACUCGUCUUCCACUUACAGACUUCACCCUCAUCCCUAACCAUACCCUACGCCGGCUUAUACAGGAAUGGUGUGUAGCUAAUCGGUCGUAUGGUGUGGAGCGGAUUCCGACGCCGAAACAACCGGCGGAUCCUGUUAUGGUCCGGUCCUUACUCAGCCAGGCUGCCUCUGAGUCUAAUUCUAGCCAUGCCAGGCUGUCUGCCCUUCGUCGCCUCCGUGGGCUGGCACGUGACUCUGAUAAGAAUCGUUCGGUGAUCUCGACGCAUAACGCACGUGAAGUGCUGCUUGGUGUGUUGUUCUCGGAGACGAAUUCGAACUCAUCGGAGUUGAAUCUGGAAUCGCUUGCGAUCCUAUCUUCGUUUCCGCUUUCAGAAUCGGAGUGUCUGUUGGUGUCAUCGGAUCCGGAUCGGAUUUCAUACCUAAUUUCUCUUCUAUCGCAUUCCUCGAUUGACGUCCGAGUAAACGCCGCCUCCUUGCUUGAAAACGUCGUCGCCGGAACGAGAUCUCCGGAGAACAGAGCAGAAAUCAGCAAUCACGACGAGGUUUUCGACCGAAUCGUCGGAAUUCUCAAUUAUCCUCUAUCAUAUCCGCGUGCAAUGAAAGUCGGAAUCAAAGCGUUAUUCGCUUUAUGCUUGGUGAAACAACACCGUCACAAGGCGGUGGAAGCAGGAGCAGUGGAGGCGCUGAUCAACAGACUAGCAGAUUUCGAAAAAUGCGACGCCGAGAGAGCUCUGGCGACAGUAGAGCUUCUAUGCCGAAUACCACAAGGAUGCGCCGCAUUCGCAUCUCACGCGCUCACAGUACCUCUACUUGUCAAAAUCAUCCUGAAAAUAUCCGAUCGAGCAACAGAGUACGCAGCCGGCUCACUGCUGUCACUCUGCUCGGCGGCGGAACGGUUGCAGAGGGAGGCGGUGGCGGCGGGAGUAUUAACACAGCUGUUGUUGCUCGUACAAAGCGAUUGUACAGAGCGUGCAAAGCGAAAAGCGCAAAUGCUGUUGAAACUGCUCCGGGAUUCGUGGCCGGAAAAAUCGAUUAGGAAUUCGGAUGAUUUUGCGUGCAGCGACGUCGUUCCGUAUUGAUUCUUCUUCUUCUUCGGAUGAUUUUAGUCCACUCUUUUUAUUUCAUUUUUUUCUUCUUAAUUAGUUUUUUUUAGGAAAAAGAAAAAAAGAGCAUUAAGGUUCUAAAAGGUGGUGGUGGGGUAUAGGGAUGUGUAUGUAAGAAAUUUUUGAUGGUGGAGAUGUUUUUUGUAAUACAAAACUUGAAGGUUAAUUUUGCAAAUUUCCUUUUCCUAUA